GCGCUGCCCAUCCGAGAGCGAAUGGAGGUCUUUCUCAGCCUCUACGGCAAUACCCUGGUUCGGGAGAGGGACUGUACCUACGUGUCAGACAUUGCACCGGAAUUUGUUGAGAUCGUCACCGACAACUCAUCGCAUCCGCUUGCAGCCGUGGUCGACCUCUCGCAGCUGAAGUUUAAAGACCGCGAUGUGUUGCAGGACGUCUUCAAAGGCUGGUUCCGGGACGUUCCCUUCGACGUCGAGGCGCUCCGAGAGCAGCGCUGUCGGGGCUACUACAGAGCCAGGUACGAUCACCGCAAGAACCUGAUGGACUACGACUACCAGACUUUCAUCAAGGAAGUGGCUGGCAUCAUCCACUGGUUCCACUACAAGCAGUUCGGGCACACCGGCGUGGCCUUCGAGACGCGGCUUGCGAGCUACGCCACGCCUAACCGGACGCUGGCGUCCUACAACGAGGCGAUGGACCGAACCAAAGGCACGACAGUCAUGGUCCGUGGUUUUUGGGGCGACAUCAUCAACAGUCCCUACCAUGCCUUCUGCACGCGGACGGAUCCCGAGGUGAGACAUCGCCUGUUUAAGAUCAACUCGCAGCAGUACCGGCACACGGAGACCGACAUCGCUGAAUACAACCUCACGGCGUAUCUCAGCGAGAUGGAGACCGGUCAGCGCUUCUCGCUGCCGCCGGAGAAGCCCGAGGAGUUCACGUAUCCCUACGCCUCUCCUUUGGACGAGCUGCGUGCGGCGGACAAGGUGGUCGAGGUCAAGGAGGAGGAUGAGAAGAAGGUGGUUGAGGAUGCGCCGCCGCGCGGGCGGCGCGAGAAGAAGGCGAACUGGCCGCCCCUGAGUGAGGCCAUGGAGGGCGUGGAGGUGGUACUCCUCGCAGGUGAUCUCAAAGAGGUCCUAAAGAAGCCAAAGUACAAGGGCCUCUUUCAUCGGGCAUUCGUCGGUGCCAUGGGCUGCAUGCCACUCUUCGAGGAGAUGGGCAUCGUCACCGGCGCCGGGGGCCGAGUUCCCGGUGACUUCGCGAAGAAGCGCGAGGAGUCCGGCAUCGCUGCCUCUUUGGCAGACGGAGCGGAGAUCAUUUGCGAGACCAUGAAGUACCAGGCGCAUUUCGAAGGCUCCACGCGACUGGGUUUCCGACACCGCCUGGCGCAGGCGGGACAUUUGGCUGGCUGGCGGCUUCGCGACGAGCGUAGGGCGCUUCCCCGCCUCGAGAAGGACAUGCAGGAGCGCCAGAGUCGGGCGAAAGAGCGAGAUUCCACCGACUUCAUGCGCUUCGUGGCCAUGCCAGGCGGGAAGACCGCUGAAGCGAGCUGA